AUGGCCAGGAAGGUGCCCAAGCCUCCCAGUUCACAUGACAAGUCCCGUCGUUGGCACUGCAAGUGCCGGUCGCCCAAGACCACCACGGAUACUUCCUCCUCCUCGUCCUCCUGCGAUGUUAAUGAGUUCGAGGUGGACAGGCCUCCCAGAAAGAGAAAGGCGAUAUCCCUAACUGCUUCCAUGGAGCAGGCAGCUCGUCGCAGGCUGGUGGGCCUGUGUCCCCAGAAGGAACCCCAACUGAAGCAGCAGGCCUACAGGCCACCGAAUCUCUGCCAGCUCUGCCGUUCGGACAUCAGAUGGCUGCCCAAGAUCUCCGCCUGCCCGUAUUGCGGGUAUAAGACCUUCGAGGACAUACAUCCCAGCGAGGAGCCCUACGAUCUUACGGCCACAGCUCAGCAACUCCUCAGGGAUUCCCUGCGCAAGGUGCCCUGUGAACUGGGCUCCUCCAAUACCUCCGAAGUCCGGAAGUCCCAGGUCAACGAUGAUCCCAAUGUGCCCAAGCAAUGUGGCUGUCUGGGUGGGAAACCCUGCACCCGAUGUCGCAUUCGCAAGCUCUGCGAGAACUUCUUCAAGGAAUCCGAGUGCAAGGUAAAGCCCGUUACCCUGCCACAGGCUGAGCCCGGCACUGCGGCCAGAUCCUUACCAGAAAUCAAGAGUCCGGUGAAGAAAACCAACUCGGACACCUCACAGCGUCGCACCCAACUGAUCUCCAUCUUCACGGAGAUGCGGAAUAUGUAUGGCAAGAAGAAGGGCGCCGACGAGGCGGAUGCGGUGGCCCAGGAGCUGAGGAAGGAAUGCGAUGCAGCCUGCAGGAAGAGCAAGUCGCUCAAGGCCCGCCGAAAGGCCAGGAAGUCGCUGCAAAGGGCCCUGGACGAGAUUGACCGGGCCUAUCCCAAGCCCCCGAAAACCAGAGUUAAGAAGAAGCCCGUCCACCGCAAGAAGUCCCGAUGCUACACCUUCCUGAAGUCGAGGAAGGAGCCCAAAGACCCCCGCAUAGGCCACAUGGACUGCAUCUCGGACAGCAAGUACACCGGCUACUGCAAGGUGCCCUGCCACAUGGGUUGGAUGUGGACCAAGAGCGAGAUGGCGCGCCACAAGUCCUGGCGACCCGGGGCCAUUUCCCGACCCAUCCGCCAGCUGAUGGCCUACUUCCUGAAGGACUUCCCGGCCGACAAUAUCUGCCUGUCGCGCUACCACUACCGCCGCCGGAAGUGCCCCAAGGAUCGGGGUGACCAGGAUGAGGAGCCUCUGGUGCAGCACCCCACGCCCCGCGCCCUGGCCACCAGUGCCAACCCGUAUGCGGACAUGAAGCCCGUGGUCUUCCGCAUCACCAAGGAUCCGCUGGCCGCUGGUCUCCGCCAGAUUCGGGUGGCCCUGCAGGACAAGGGGUUCGCCCCCUGCACCUGCCGCCGCCCGGUGGCCAGCUGCUUCUGCCGGAGUCACAACGACAAGAAGCGGAUGCAGUUCGAGCUAGCCAGGGAGUGUCGCCAGCGGGGCUGGCCGGACAACUCGGACACCUUUGUCUACUCGCCGAACAGCGACGACGACGACAGUGACCGGGAGUACGACUUUGGGGUCACGCCCCCAGCGGGCGUUUUGAAGCCCGACCGCCGGCGGAAGCCAGACAGGGCGCAUGUGGAGACCCAGUACGUGGAUCACGACUGGGCAGCGCCCACCAUGUACCCGCAUCCGGCCAACAUGAUGGUCCAGUACGGCGGCUGUGUGAUGGGCGAGCGGAAGAAGAAGUUCCCCUGGCUCUACGGCAAGGGCAACAUCCACGCAGAUCCCCCAAAGCCCCGCAUGCGAAAUCCCCCAAAGAAGAAGCCACGCAAACAGCUCCCGUUCCGAAACGUUGGGGGCUUCGACGAUCCCCGCCGCUUCGAUCCCACCCCUCUGAACAGACCUUGGCACAGGUCCAAUUCCCCCGUCCAUUCAACUGAUCUUAUCUAUCGUCGUUUUAACCCUUAG